UGCUCAACACCCGUCGAGAUCCGCCCCGGGUCAGGAUCGGUGUAAACAUCUAUCCGAUCAGUCAAUAUUCGACGAGUAUUCGGUGAUUUGAUUCGGAUUACACUGCGUUCACAUUCACUUCACAUCACGGUUUCCGGUGAAUUAUGUCUGACGCCGAUGAAAAUCGAGUCAACGGCGAGCUUCGAGCGGACACGAGCGACCCUGAGGCGGAAAUCAAGAAAUACAAGGAUCUCAUCGAGUCUGCAGACACUGAAAGAUCCAGACUGCUCCUGGAGAAAGCUGAAGCGGAGACUGAAAAGAGAAAAGCCGAAGCAGAACUUCAGAGCUUCAUGGACGACGAAGACAAGAUUUUUGACCAGUUUAAUAAAGAUCUUGUGGAAGCGCAGGAGGAGAGGAAGAGUCUGGAUCGAGUCCAGCAGGAUCUGAAGAGAGAGCUUCAUGAUCUUCAGCAGAAGCUUCAGCUCAAGAGAGACGAAACUGACUCUCUACAGCGAAGAUUCAAGAUCGAGGCCAGUAUCCCGGUGAAGGCGGUGAAGUUUGUGCGUGAGCUGGAGAGAGAGGAGGACGAGGAGGCGGAUGAUCAGGUGCAGUGUGUGUUCACGGUCACACAGAGACCCUCGCUCCUGCUGAAGGGAGGACAGGCGCUCAUCACCUUCGAGGACGAGAAGGUGGCCGAGCAGAUCCUCCGACUGGCCAAGUGUUCGGUGGCCUGUGACAAAGCCAAGAUGGAUGUGAAGCCGUACGCUUUAUCUCUAGAUCCCUCCGUGAAGUUUGAGGUUCAUAUCCAGGUGUCAAAGAAGAGCAUCAGGUUCUGUAACGCCCCGCCCACUUUACCUGAGGAGCGAAUGAGAGACCGGCUGGAGUUGUCGUUCUCCAGAGUGAGUCGAGGCGGAGGGGAAGUGGAGAAGCUGGAGUACCACAGGGAUACGUGCUCGGGCCGCGUCACUUUCCUCAGCACCGGAGUCGCAGAGAAUCUGGUUCACAGAGGGAAGUUUUGUGUGGACACCGGCAGCGAUGUGGUGCUCGAUGUUCUUCCUCUGUACGAGUAUCAGCUCAGGAAGUUUCAGACGUACUCGGGGACACCGCAUCGCACCGUGCUGCUCGGGGGAAUCCAGGCGCUGAUGGAUGAAGAAGAUCUUCAGGAUCAUCUGGAGAUACACUUCCAGAAGCCCAGCAACUACGGAGGAGAGGUGGAGCACAUCAAAUACGUUCCUGAUGGAGCGCAGCUGACGGCUUUCUUCAGCGAGGACGGCAAAGAAGACGAAGCUUGAGGAGCAAACAUAGACUUCAGAAUACAACAAAAGCCAGGGUUUACUCCAGAUCCGUGAUGUAUUAGUCAUAUUUACAUGCUGUUCUGUGUGUGGGGUUAUCCUGAUUAAAUCAGUCAGAUCACUGUCUUCUGGAACAA